ACAAAAUGGCGGCAAACGACCUUGUGAGAGAGGGAAACAACGCUUUUGUUGACGACGAUUUUGAACUCGCUGUCAAGAAAUACUCUGGAGCCAUAGACCUGAAUGCAUAUGAUGCCGACUGCUAUUUGAAAAGGGCAGCGGCGUUUAUGAAGCUUGAAAACUACCAAGCUGCAGCGGCAGAUGCAUCUUCAGCAGCAAGUCUGGAACCAGACAGCUCUAAAGCACACACAAGAAAAGGAAUGGCACUAUUUCACCUUGAGGAUUUCAGAGUUGCCAGAGAAGCAUUUUCAGAUGCAUUAAAACUUGACCAAGAAAACAAAGAGCUGAAAAUGUGGAUUAGAAAGUGUGAUGCUGAAUUGGACUUGGCAGAAAAUGAAGCUAAACAAGAUGAAAAUUCUCCUGAAACGGUGAUGGUGGGCGUGGCUAGUGGGGAGGAUUCUCAAUUGAAACAAAAAGGUGACAAUACCAAAGAGGCUGAGGCAGCAAGCAAAGUUAACCAGCAGCCCCCAGUUGUCAAGCCUAUGGCUUCUGAUGGUCAUACAGCAUCUGUGACAGGUCCACCAUCAUCAGUUUUGGCUGCCAUUGAUGGGCAGUCUAAUCAAGAACAACCAGAGCAGCAAUACACUGUUUCAAAACCAAGAUAUGAUUGGUAUCAAACAGAAACACAAGUUAUUGUAACUUUGAUGAUCAAGAAUGUAAAAGAGGAGAAUGUUAAUGUGGAGUAUGGAGACCAAACGUUGAGUGCCACAGUGAAGCUUCCAAGUGGCAGUGACUUCAGCUUAGAAGUGGAUCUUGCUCAUGCAAUCAAUCCAGCACAGUGCAAAACAAGAAUCAUGUCAACAAAGGUUGAAUUAAAGAUGAAAAAAACUGAAGGAAUUAGGUGGUCAUCUCUUGAAGCUACUGAUGACACUGUGUGUAAACCGUUCCCAACAAAAGAUGAAACAAAAGACCCUGGUGAUAUGGUGCAUAAAUAUCCUACUUCACGGCAUGUUGGAAAAGAUUGGGAUAAAGUUGCAGCACAGAUUGCCAAGGAGGAGAAAGAGGAAAAACUGGAAGGGGAAGCUGCUUUAAAUCAGCUGUUUCAACAAAUUUAUGGUGAUGGUAGCGAGGAAGUGCGGAAAGCAAUGAACAAGUCAUUCGUCGAAUCUGGUGGAACAGUUUUGAGUACAAACUGGGAUGAAGUUAAAAAGGGGCAUGUGGAUUGUAAACCUCCAGAUGGAAUGGAAUACAAAAAAUGGGACAGUUAGAUGGCUUGGACAAUGAGUUCAUCUUGCAGUUCUUGUAUGCAUCAUCUGACACUGAGAAAAAUUUCAUAUUUUUGUACUCUGUGCCAUUUAGAAUUGAAGAGAAAGGCUGUCUUUUGUUUGUUGCUGCAGGAAGAGAAUGGUUGAUUUUCAACUUCCUUCCUAACUGGUACAAGUGGAGAAGAUGUAGACAGAAAGACAAGCAGUUGUAAAGUGCUCCAAGCUGCAACCAUGUUGGUGGCCUUGGUUACUGGAAGAACAUCUUGGCUUCUAAAUUUGCAGCAUAAUUCAUCAAUUUUUGCAAAUUCUUUUUGGCAGUCUUACAGCAAGUUGUAAUGUCUUAACCCUUUAACUGCCAUGAGUGACCAACAUAGAAUUUCUUCUUACACUAUCAG